GGGAUUCCAUACGUGGCAAGGAGUCUGCUGUGAGGUCCGGGCGAAAUGGCGAGCCUUCUGCGUGUUGCUGUUAGUGGGUGCUCAACUCCUGUUUUUAGCAAUGUGUUGCCACCUAAGGUGCAUUCUGCAAAGAUGCCGUGUUUGCGAAUGUUUAGAACCCACCAGAUGCUCAGGGCUCAGGCAGCUCCAAAGCCAGGAAUUCCUUAUAAACAGCUGACUGUUGGUGUCCCCAAGGAGAUAUUUGAGCAUGAGAAGAGAGUGGCUCUAUCACCGGCUGGAGUUCAAGCCUUGGUUAAACAAGGCUUCAAUGUUGUGGUGGAAUCUGGUGCUGGAGAAGCUUCCAAAUUUUCUGAUGACCAUUACAGAGAAGUUGGAGCAAAGAUCCAGGGGACCAAGGAAGUCCUGGCUUCUGAUUUGGUUGUCAAAGUGAGGGCUCCUAUACAUAACUCGGCUCUAGGUGUACAUGAGGCAGAUCUUUUUAAGACGGCGGCUACCCUGAUUAGUUUUAUCUACCCAGCACAAAAUCCAGACCUCCUGAAAAAGCUUGCAGAAAAAAAAACUACUGUCUUGGCUAUGGAUCAGGUUCCACGGGUCACCAUUGCUCAGGGAUAUGAUGCACUUAGCUCCAUGGCCAACAUUGCUGGUUACAAGGCUGUGGUACUGGCAGCAAAUCACUUUGGUCGAUUUUUCACGGGUCAGAUCACAGCUGCUGGUAAAGUUGCUCCAGCAAAGGUCUUGAUCAUCGGAGGAGGAGUUGCUGGCCUGGCUUCUGCAGGAGCAGCUAAAUCAAUGGGUGCAGUGGUUCGUGGAUUUGAUACUAGAGCUGCAGCUCUGGAACAGUUCAAGUCUCUUGGUGCUGAGCCUUUAGAAGUAGACUUAAAGGAAUCUGGAGAGGGACAAGGUGGUUAUGCUAAAGAAAUGUCCAAAGAAUUUAUUGAAGCUGAAAUGAAACUCUUUGCCAAGCAGUGCCAAGACGUUGAUAUUAUCAUCACUACAGCACUUAUUCCAGGCAAAAAAGCUCCCAUCUUGUUUAAGAAAGACAUGAUUGAAUCAAUGAAGGAAGGUUCAGUUGUUGUGGAUUUAGCUGCAGAAGCAGGGGGAAACAUUGAGACUACAAAGCCUGGAGAAAUGUAUGUUCAUAAGGGUGUUACACACAUUGGCUACACAGACCUGCCUAGCAGAAUGGCUACUCAGGCCAGUACUCUGUAUUCCAAUAAUAUUAUAAAACUCCUAAAGGCUAUUAGUCCUGACAAGGAGAACUUCUACUUUGAUCCAAAAGAUGAAUUUGAUUAUGGGACUUUGGAUCAUGUUAUUAGAGGAACUGUAGUCAUGAAGGAUGGCAAGGUGAUUUUCCCAGCACCUCCACCAAAUAACAUUCCUCAAGGAGCCCCUGUGAAGCAGAAGACUGUAGCAGAGCUGGAAGCGGAAAAAGCAGCUACUAUUACACCUUUUAGAAAAACUAUGACUAGUGCAUCUGUAUACACAACAGGUUUAGCCAGCAUGUUAGGACUGGGCAUUGCAGCUCCUAAUACUGCUUUCGCGCAAAUGGUGACAACAUUUGGCCUAGCUGGAAUAGUCGGGUACCAUACAGUAUGGGGUGUGACUCCUGCUCUUCACUCUCCACUCAUGUCAGUGACUAAUGCUAUUUCAGGACUAACUGCAGUUGGUGGGCUGGUAUUGAUGGGAGGAAACUAUCUCCCUGAAAACACUCCUCAAAGUCUAGCAGUGCUUUCAGCCUUUAUCUCUUCAGUCAAUAUUGCAGGUGGGUUUCUAGUUACACAGAGAAUGCUGGAUAUGUUCAAACGUCCCACAGAUCCUCCUGAGUACAACUACUUGUACCUACUUCCUGGUGGUGUAUUCGUAGGAGGCUAUGCAGCUGCUCUCAAUGGUGGCUAUAAUAUUGAACAGAUGAUGUAUCUGGGCUCAGGCUUAUGCUGUGUUGGUGCCCUGGCUGGUCUGUCUACCCAAGGAACAGCUCGUCUUGGAAAUGCUUUGGGUAUGAUUGGUGUUGCAGGAGGUUUAGCAGCAACUCUUGGAGGCCUUAAACCCUCACCUGAAUUGUUGGCGCAGAUGUCAGGUGCUAUGGCAUUUGGUGGUACCAUAGGUUUGACGAUUGCUAAACGCAUCCAGAUUACAGAUCUGCCUCAGCUAGUGGCUGCUUUCCAUAGUUUGGUUGGUUUGGCUGCUGUGCUCACCUGUGUAGCAGAAUACAUGAUUGAAUAUCCUCACUUCGCUACUGAUCCAGCUGCAAACCUCACCAAGGUUGUGGCAUACCUUGGCACGUACAUUGGUGGAGUGACUUUUAGUGGCUCUCUUGUUGCUUAUGGAAAACUGCAAGGUAUUCUGAAUUCUGCGCCACUGCUCUUGCCUGGUCGACAUGCAUUGAAUGCAGGAUUGCUGGCUGCCAGCAUUGGCGGAAUGGUUCCAUACAUGAUCGAUCCUAGUUACACUACGGGAAUUACUUGCUUAGGUUCUGUGUCAGCUCUCUCAGCCAUAAUGGGUGUCACUUUAACAGCAGCUAUUGGAGGUGCUGACAUGCCUGUAGUUAUUACUGUCCUGAACAGUUAUUCUGGAUGGGCUUUGUGUGCUGAGGGCUUCCUACUGAACAACAACUUGCUGACCAUUGUUGGUGCACUCAUUGGCUCCUCUGGGGCCAUCCUCUCUUACAUCAUGUGUGUGGCUAUGAACCGUUCCCUUGCAAAUGUGAUUCUAGGGGGCUAUGGCACCACGUCAACAGCUGGUGGGAAGCCCAUGGAAAUUACUGGAACCCACACAGAAAUCAAUGUGGACAAUGCAAUUGAAAUGAUAAAGGAAGCCAAUAAUAUCAUUAUUACUCCAGGUUAUGGUUUGUGUGCAGCAAAAGCUCAGUACCCUAUAGCUGAUCUCGUGAAGAUGUUGAGAGAACAAGGGAAAAAUGUCAGGUUUGGUAUUCACCCUGUGGCUGGCCGUAUGCCUGGUCAGCUGAACGUACUCCUAGCAGAAGCUGGUGUUCCGUAUGAUAUUGUACUGGAAAUGGAUGAGAUCAACGAAGAUUUCCCAGAAACUGACUUGGUCCUUGUAAUUGGUGCAAAUGAUACAGUUAAUUCAGCAGCUCAGGAAGAUCCGAACUCUAUCAUAGCUGGAAUGCCAGUUCUUGAGGUCUGGAAGUCCAAACAGGUUAUUGUAAUGAAGAGAUCUUUGGGAGUUGGUUAUGCAGCGGUGGACAAUCCAAUCUUCUACAAACCCAAUACUGCCAUGUUGUUGGGAGAUGCUAAGAAGACUUGUGAUGCCCUGCAGGCCAAAGUCAGGGAAUCAUAUCAAGGCUAAAUACUGAUUUGUAUUCCACUCAUGAUUGCGACUACAGUUUUGUCACAGAAGUCAUGGAAAACAAGAGUUAGAAGAAUCUCUUACUGUCAUAAUGCAGCUGGCAUUUGGAGAAGACUGCAUUGACUCCUAGGAGAUGUAGUUCAGUCAGGGAAUGUAGAAAGGAUGGGCACAUUAGCCCUUCAGACUAAAUCCCCCAUGAGGCAAUGCAUUAAAGAACGAAAAUGUGCUUUUUAAGGUUAACAUUGAGCUGUUAGCAGCAGGAACUAAUAACUCAUGGUCAUCUUUAAGUAGUUAUUGGCUUCCUCCUCCUAACUGUCUGUACUUCUGUCAUGGAAAUUCACUAAAAAAUACUGUGCCAGAAUUGUAUUCUGUCUUAUCAUCAAAGCUGUUCUUUGGCCAGUAUGGACAAAACAACUAUUUAUUUCAUCAAAACUUAAAGCAAAAUUACAAACAGAUGCAAGCAGAUGCAAAUAGAUGCUUGAAUGAUUUGAGAUUCUAAAAAUAAUGUUCUGUUAAAUCUCUAUAGAAAAAUUGAACUGUUUUGUAGAUUGUAUGGAUGCUGUGAAUCAGGAACAUUUUAGGAAAGUUACUUCUCUUUAAAAUACAGUUCCACUUCUUUGUAGUGCCCACUUACACUAUGUAAAGUGAAACACAGGAUUUCAGGGACCUACCAAGUGAUCUUCAAGCCUGACAAGGAAACGUACACUUACUUGCACUGCUUAAAUGUUUUAAGCAGCUGCUAAAUUCUCCAUCUUUUCCAGUCAUUGCCUUUUUAAGUGUCAGAGGAAAAAUAUGGUCCAGUUCUGCACAGGCAGAACAUCUUGCAUACCUGAUCUGUUCACAGAAUUUGGACCACAGUGUUUCAGUUUAUGUUCAUUUAGACUUUUAACUGUAUUUGCUACUUCAAAAUUUAGUGAUGCUUUCUUAAUUAACAUUCUUGUGAUGCUGGAAAAGGCACUUUUGAACAUAUUUAAGAUGCUGGAGUUUAUUAGAAUUUUUCUAAAUAAAUAAGCUAUUGUUUGAACAGCACAGAAACAUACUAAACUUAAAAUCCAUUUUUUUGAUUAUUUGACUUCUCCCUGAUCUAAUUAAAAGCACUGUUAAAUUCCCAUAAUAAGUUCAGCAAAGAAUUAAAUUAUGACAUCAAUUGCUGUUUUGGUUUUAUUAUGUUAAGUGUACUUGAGUGGAACUCAAAUAUUUGCCUAAUAAAAUGAAUUUAUCAUGUUUCCAUAAUGAUGUGGCAACUGUCCAUGGUGACGAAGGCUAAAUAGAAAUAGCUGUAUUUGUGUUAGAAAGCAUUCAUAUCUGGGGAAGACAAACGAUUAUGAAGUAAGUCUUGAAAUUAAUGCAUCUUGAUUGAUAGCACUUUUUUUUUUACACCAUGUAUAGAGACCUCAUAUAAAAUAUAGUAUUUCUACUUAGCUACCUCUGUUUUUAUGUAAAGAUCACUUAAAACACAGACUUUGAACAGGUAAUGCAUUAAGAAAUGUAACAGUAUAUGAAAAAAGCUACCCUUUAUAUAUGAAAAAAGCUACCCUUUUUGCAAAUCUCUUCUAUAAUUUGAAAUAAAAAUUAUCGUGUAAGCAUUAAUAUGUUGUACACUGCAGGAAAAGACUUGUAAUUAAAUUUUAAUUUAAAACAUUGUGGCAGCUAUAUCUGAAUGUAGCAUGUAUGGCCUCUUGAUUUCAUUGUAUUCAACUUUUAUUUUAGGUCUGCAAAAAAUAGGAGGUAAAUGGGAGAAGGGGAAAGACAAGGAAAUGAUCUUCUCUCUCUCUUCCUCCCAGCCAAGCAAAAAAGGGAUUUGAAGGGAUUUAACAUCCUAAAGUAUUAAUUUUUGUCUUGUCAAACUUGAAUUAUCUAACUGCAGUAUGCAACAUGUCUCUGCUUAUAAGUAGCUAAUACAAGACUUAGCUUUUCCUUUGUAUUUGAAAAAAACCUCAUACUGUUAUGUUGGAUCAGAGGUACCAGUGUUGUCUUUAAAACUGUGCUUUACCAUGGAACACCAGGUAAUUGUUGAAGUGCUAAUAAAAAGUCGACUAUUUUUUCUUUAUUCAUCACUGUCUCUUUUCUCUCUGUCUCUUUUCUCUCCUGUUGUGUUCCUUGAGUAGGUAAGUAGUCUGAGAUUCUUUCUGGGAGUUAGAAGACCAAAAUGCCACCAAAGGAUGUUGAGAUUGAAGAAUGUAGUGAAGAGGAAUCAUAGUGAAAUAUGCAUAUUUCUUUUUUUUUUUAAUUUGAAUGGUUCUUUAAAAUACUCGUUCUAGGUAUGACUGAUGUCACCUGACCUUAGCAACUUCACUAUGAGCUCUUCUAGUAAAUGAAGAGGGUUAGACAACUUCUGAAAGCAGUUGAUCCCUCUAUACGUUGCCUUUUUGACUUUAAAAAAAAAAAAAGCUGUAGGAACUAACUUGUCUGAGUAAUUCAUUUUCCAUUGGCUGAGGUGUGGGAUGAAUCCUAUCCCUUUGAGCCUGACACCAUAUAAGUUUGCUUCAGUUCUUAGUUAUUUAGUUGACAAGAUGCUCAAGUUGAUUGUUAUGAUGAUUUCAGUUUCUGCCUUCAAAGUGAAUGAUAAAUAAAUAAUUUUAGCCAUC